GGGGCGGCCGGGCCGGCAGGCUCCCCGGGGCAGCAUGGAGGAAGCGGAGGCGGCGAAGGCGGCGGUGACGGACUCGCUCCUCUCCGGGGCCUGCGUGCUCUUCACCCUCGCCAUGUUCUCCACCGGCCUGUCGGACCUUCGGCACAUGCGCCUCAGCCGCAGCGUGGACAGCGUCCAGUUCCUGCCCUUCCUCACCACCGACGUCAACAAUCUGAGCUGGCUCAGCUACGGAGGCCUGAAGGGCGACUGGACGCUCAUCUUGGUCAACGCGGUGGGGGCGGCGCUCCAGACCCUCUACAUGCUCACCUACCUCUACUACGUCCCGCGCAAGGGCCCUGCCCUCCUGCAGACGGUGGCUCUGCUGGGCGUCCUGCUCCUGGGGUAUUGCUACUUCCAGCUCCUCGUGCCCGACCCAGGCGUCCGGCUCCAGCAGCUGGGGCUCUUCUGCAGCUUCUUCACCAUCAGCAUGUACCUCUCGCCCAUGGCGGACCUGGCCAAGAUCAUCCAGACUCAGUCCACCAAGUGUCUGUCCUACCCCUUGACUGUGGCCACGCUGCUCACCUCCUCCGCCUGGACCCUCUACGGCCUGCGGCUCCACGACCUCUACAUCACGGUCCCCAACGUGCCUGGCAUCGUCACCAGCCUCAUGCGACUCUGGCUGUUCCGGCGAUACCCCCCGACGCACGACCGGGCCUACAGGCCCCUCCAGGCCUGAGCCGGGGGGCACCGAGAUGACCCCGGAGCCGCCCGCCCUUCCCUUCCCCGUCCGUCGCCGGGAAGGAUUCGAGGGGGGUGGGCCUCUUCCGCGGGCAGGGGGGUGGGGGAC